ACUUAAACUGUCUCAUGGUAUAUCAACAUUAACAUUGCUAUCGGCCGAUGUUAGGCUUUUUUUUUUUUUAGCAUGUGUCGCUUCAAUCGGUAAAACCUGGCCGAUAUUAAUAACUCAUAGUGAUGCAGCAGGAUUCUGAGGUGUUUAACUGAAGCAGAGAUGUCAGCAGUGAUGCUUUUUCUCUGUGUAUCUGGUGAAUCCUUGGUUAAAACAAGUUUGUUCUUCAAUCAUUGAAGCUACUCAAAGUACACAAAAGUUUCACUCAAGAGUAGGGAUACUUCCUAAUGAAAUGACUCAAGUAAAAAAAAUCAUAAUUAAAAAAAACUCCUAAAAGUGCAUUUCUUUCCAAGAAGUUACUCGAGGAAAUCUAACUGGUUACUACCCAGCUGAACAUACAUGUGUGUUUUUGUUUGGUUGUUUUAUAGGGGGCACCACAGAACAUCACAGCUGCAAACCAAUCAGAAUCCAUUUUGAAUAUAUACAUUUUUUGUUCAUAUUUUUCAAUCAGGAAAAGACUUUCAGUUCAGCAUGAUGCCGUGUUGAGGGGUUUGACCGCACCACAAUAUUGGUUCACAUUUUAAAUGUUAUUAAAAGUAGCUAAAACAGGAACUUGAAUACAGUCUCAGCAUAAAUGUUUAGUUUUAGCUUAGGUUUUAUUAGUUGCAGUAGUGGUAACUACAUCCAUUGGGUUUUUUCAUACUUUGGGAAAGUUUUAAGUUUAAAAAGGUCAAAGUCUGGUGAUUAUGUAUACAUCCUUUGAGUAAUGAAUACUCAACAGAAGAUACUAUUUUCAAGAAAUGUAUUUAGUUGUUGUUGAACGACUAACUGAUGCUGGUGUUUCAUUCCAACUAUUGCUGCUGCAAUUUUUGUGGAUUAGCGUAAAUGCUGCCUGGAGGAUUACGGAGCGCUGUAAUUUGCCAACAGCUGACGAAAACUGCUUGUUUGGGGGAAAAAAUUAAUUUCACAUCAGUUUGAAAAGCUAAUAAAUCAAUUCAUAAACACGAAAAUGAAGGAUAUUAUAUCUAUAAUUUCACACGCACAAUAAACACACAUUAUAGUUCCAGUUAGUUGUAGUCUUUCCCCAUUCAUUUCAGUUCUUAUUUAUUUCAGCUAAUGGAAAUGUUUUCUCAAUUUCAGUUUUGGUUAUUUUGUUAGUUUUAGUUAACUAUAAUAACCUUGACGUGAGCUUGUCAUUGAAAUGUAAAAGACGACUUAAAGUCCAGGCGGCCCGACUGUAAAAGCAAAACCAAAACUAAAGAGUAUUAGAUUAGAUUAAAGCUGCUGGUGGAAGCAGAGGGGCUUUUCCAGAGCAGAUGAUUCAUCUGGGGUCAGCUGAGGUGAGGGUUAGGAGGAACGGACAUGGUGGACAUCAGUCAGCACAACUCAGCAGCGAGGCACCUCAAACAAUGGAGCAACUGUGAGUGGAUGGGAGUAACCUGAAUGUCUGUCCACUUAGCUCCACAUCCAUCCAUCUGUCAUCCAUCCAUCUUCAGUGUUCUCUCACAGAUAUUUUUUUCUCAGUGGAAUGUUGAAUUAAAACCUCUCCCGAAAGGCAUCCUAAACAAAUUCACAAGCCACUUCACCGAGGCAGCAGCAGCAGCUCCGGGUUUCCUGCCUUUCUCUAAGUCUGGUUUCAGAUCUCGACAUGCUCAGAAAAGGUUAAAGUAAAGAUACUUUUACUUUCACAUCUUCCUGCUGCUUCAGGCUUUAGGAGAAAUAUUUGUGAUGGUUCUCCUGGUUCCUGAUGGGAGUUUUAAUCACAUUUUCCCAUCAGGGUGAGACAUGCCUUCACUCCUUCGAGACUCUCUUUUUGUACUGUAACCCGUUAGUAUUACAGUGAUCAUUUAUAGUUUGUUUAUAGUGUGGUUUUGGCAGAGAAAAAGCCACAUGACAGCUCCCCCUGACUCCCACAGGCCUGAAAGGGAGUCGGUCUCUCUCUGGGUGGAGACACCAAAACAUCCCCAAAUAAGGACGCCUUUUUUAAAGGAAUGCAAAUAUAUGGAAAGUUGGGAAGGUUCAGUUUCAGCUAAAAUGCCCCAAAUUCCAACUGCAGAGGUCAGAGAAUAGUUUUUUUCUCACUGGGAAACUGGAAAAGUGGGAGUUUAGGGGAUUGUUCAUGGACUUCCCCAGCCCCUUAUAUGGCAGCUUCCCCCCCCCAGGUGGCGGGAGGGUGGAACCGGGCGGCGCUCUCAGAGGGACGCGAUGGCCGGUCGGGUCGGCAGACACGGUCGCCCACAUGCAGAGGCAGGAGUCAGCUGAGAGCCGUUGGUGUGCGGUGCAGGCACCGAGCUGCGAGUGGGUGCGUAAGGAUGUAAAACCAGCGUGGUCAGGAGCCACUGAAAAGAAGAAGAUUAGUCAUCCGCUGAGGACCAUGGCCGCCUUCCAGCUGCUCUUCCCGCUGUGGGCCAGCUGUGUGGCCGCGGCCGCACAUCCUUCCCCACACAUCGCUCCAUGCCAAGUUGUCCAGAUGGAUGUGUUCUGCAGCGAUCUAAGUCUCAGGAGCGCACCACGCGACCUUCCUCAGGGAGUCCAAAUGCUGGAUCUUUCCCGAAACCAGGUUCAAAACCUCUCGUUGGAAACUUUAGGCUUUCACACCGGCCUUCACCAACUGAACCUUCAUUCCAACAAGAUCCACUUCAUCCAGCCAGGACUCUUCAAAGACCUGAAGGAUCUGAGAGUCCUGGAUCUCUCCCGGAAUCACCUGAAUGUUUUCGCACUCUCCAAAAUAAGCGUUGGCCCUCUCGCGGCUGUGGAGUCAUUGGAUCUUUCAAGCAAUGGGUUGUACACGGGUAUGUCAGACUACUUCCUGGCUGAAUCCCCAUCUCUGGCAAACCUUUCACUGGACAGCAACAGCAUCACAAAAAUAGCACAGAACACCUUCAGCGGAUCAUCAUCUUUGAGGAAAAUUAGUCUCCACAACAAUGUCAUCCUGGAGAUAGAAAAUGGAGCUUUCGACUCUUUGGAUCAUCUGACUGAGCUCGAUUUGUCUAAGAAUUCAAUCACCUGCAUCAUAGACUUCAACCUUUACAACUUGGAGGUCCUCAAUCUCAGGAAGAAUAGCAUUGAGUUUUUCCAGAGUGUAAAGUCGGAUAACUCCUUUAAGCUUCGCUCUCUGGAUCUGAGUGAAAACAAAAUGCUUUACUUCCCUCUCCUCCCAGAAAAGAAUGUGCUUGAAUUUCUGAACGUAUCGCGAAACCAUAUUCAGACUCUCAACACCACAGGGCGUGUCCUGAACCUCACAAAUUUGGGUGAUUUAAAAUACCUGGACAUGAGUUACAAUAAACUCAAAAGUUUACCUGAAGUUUUCUUUUCCAACAUGGAAUCACUUGAAGUCCUCAAUGUGAGUAACAACUGUAUCAGCUCGUUUUCUGUCACAUCUAAAGACAUUCUGCACAAGGUGAAGGUCAUCAAUCUAAGCCAUAAUUCUCUACAGAGUUUGACUUUUGGGGAAAACUCCCUUCACUCCCUGAAAAAGCUCUUUUUACAGGGAAAUGAUCUUACUGUCUUAGACCAGCAAAUAUUUCAAAGACUGCCCAGCAUCAAGUACCUGCAGCUGCAGCAGAACAAUCUGCAAAUCUGUAACAGUGAGCAAAACCAACAUGGCUUAAUGCCGAAGGACCAAAACCACCAGGAUCCAAUUGGUUGUGUGUCAUUCUCAUCUGUUUACAACCUGUACUUCCUGUACCUCUCUGAAAAUAAUCUGAGGACCAUUCCUGCAAAGGCGUUUGUGAAAACCCCCCUGAAAUUACUAGACUUGUCCCUAAAUCCAGGAUUAGACAUGCACCAGGACUCCUUGUGUGGCUUGGAGGAUUCACUGGUCCAUCUGCUGCUGAGGGAAAACAACAUGUCAAGCCUAAACACACACCUGACCUCCCUGAAGAGCCUCAAACACGUUGACCUGUCCACCAACCAAUUGAACACCCUACCGACCUGGAACAAAGACUCUGCCAUUGAGUCCUUGAACCUGCAGAACAACAACCUGGUCACCCUAGACCAGUCCACCGUCCUCGCCUUGGAGCGCUCCUUAAAGACCCUUUACAUGGGCUCCAACCCUCUAAGCUGCUGCGACAACCUGGGCUUCCUCCACAUGGUGCAGCACUCCACGAUCGUUGUUCCUGACAUUGAGACCGUGACUUGUGUUCACGAGGAGUCUCCGGAGCCGGUGAACAUUGAGAAGUUGACCCGAGAAAUGUGUCACCAACCAGAUGCCCCAAACUACACGGCGGUUGUCGUGAUAACCUUGUUAGUCGUGAUUAUCCUGCUGGCGCUGCUGGUUAAAUGUUUUCGAUCAAGGAGACGAAAGCGCAGAAGAGGCUUUCAUGCGUAGCAAGACAAUCACAUUCAGAGUCAAAAUGUUCAUGAGACUGUUGAAGGAUUUAAAUGUGAAUGUGUAAUCUGGAGCUUCUCAGAGACUUUAUGGACUAUUUGAAGCUAUGGGUUUAGAUUACAACUACAAAGAGCCAUCACGAGUUGACAAACACAGCUGUCAAUCAGGCACAUCUCCUACAGGAAGUCGUGGUUGUGGAGUACAGCCUAGAUGACAAAAAGACAAGCCAAUGAAGGCCCUAGUUAUUGUUAUAUUUUCUUACAACACAAGGCUGGACUUUUUGACUGAGUUUUAUGUCAGUUUCAUGCAGCUUUGUUUAAGGAACCCAAGGUUUCAGUCCUCCUGUGCUCACUUCUUCAGGACUUUACAUCACAGACCAGAAGCUGUCACCAGCACCAGUGCAGAGCUUUAAAGCCAAUAUUUUUAUGGGUGUUGCUUGAACGAAGAAAAGUCAUCUCUAUGCCUGAAGAAGCAGUGUUAAAUGAUUCUUUUUUUUUGUACCAUUCCUGAUACCUAUUUAUUGAAUGUAGAACCAACACUAAAUCACUUUGCCUAGUCGGUAGCAUCAGGAGACCGGACUGAAGUACUCUUCCGCUGUUGCAAGUCAUAUUUUCAGAAACAUGCUCCGAGGAUCACGGAUGUAAAUUUAUACCAGUCUCUUAUCUAUAUGUGAAGUUUGUUGCAAAACUAAAACUUGCUUUAAAAACUUCAGCAAGCACCAAAAAGUUGGCAUAAAUACAGGAAAUAAUCUAUAAAACCAAAGAAGUAUAGGGGUACAAACCUUUAAAUGUGUGAGUUGGUACAUUUGUUGAGGCUGUAUCCUGGAAUUAUGAUAAAAAUAUUGAAAUUAUCAACUCAUAAAUGCACCAUAAGGGACUUAGAGUAGUACUUAUUUUUGUAAAAGUGGCUUUUCCAGAACUUCUUAGGUUGAAAUGGUCUCAAAUUUCAGGCAUACCACAUUGUCAUUGAUUCCCAAGUUCAUAAGCAUGGACUGGUUAUAAGGUAUCAAAGUUUUUAAAACCUCUUAAUCAUGCUGAUCCUAUAGAUUAAAGUCAUUUCAAUGAGUCACCAGAGGUGUUACCCCUCCCCCACAUGUUGCUGUGCAACAGGUGACUACUACAUAUUUGGUAGUGUUGAAAUUUUCCCAGUUGUGUAAAACCGUGUGAGUCAUGGUGUGGGAGUCAAAGAAUCCCACUAAGCUAAGUUAAGCUGUUAAAGGUCCUUCAGGGGACGGCUGUUGCUAAUUAGCCAUGGCUAUAAACAAAUGAACAAACAAAUUCAGACAUCAGAUUGUUUUGAUCUGUAUUUCUUGUGUUGGUCCCUUCCAAAUUAACGGUAAAAUAAAAUAAAUUAGCUUGUUCAGCUACAGUUAGCAUGUCAUCAGCAGGGUGGCUAGCCAAGCAGAUAGUCUGUUUAAUUGACCAACUAACAUCGGCUUGUUAUACUUCGUUAUGCUUUAAAGAGUAGAAAAACUAAAAGGGACAAUAAUCUUCUAAAAAAAGGCGGGGAGGUUUAUUUGAAAACAAAGUUUUCCACAUUAUUCAAACUUUCUGCUUUAGUCUACGUAGCAAAAUAAAAAAAAUAAUGAAUAUAAGCAAUAGAUAACAUUAUUAUACCUGUUGCAAAUGAAACCAGCUGAACAAUGUUACACAUCUUUGUUUUGAAUUCUUGUGUUAAUGUCGUAAAAUCACACUAUUUAAAUUGGAGAUUAUCAGUCUGUCCAAAAUCAAUCGCCAAGGAUUACUUGGGGACAGCUUUUGGUUGGACGGAACAUUUCAGAAAACUAUGCUUUAAAACUCUUCAUUGGACAAAUGAUGCAGACAUGCAUAUGUUACAGAUACACACAUAAGUUACUAACAUACAGAUGUUAGUCUUUAUAAAACACGUUUUUUAAAUAUACUGGGCCAAGAUUUUCUAGUUUGUUGCUGUUUGUGUUUUUAGAGCAGGUGGUCGGCCAUGCGGUAUUUAUUUGGUCAUGUGAUGGUGAUAGGGAUGCAGCGCAGGAUUGUAGGAUGUUUAAUAGAAGUGAAGCAAUUUCAGUGAUGUGGUUAGUUUUUCGUAGUUUUGAAACUGUGGGUGAGUUAAUGCAUUUUUAAAAUUGAGUAAUGUUUCUAGUUUUAUAAUCCUGGUUUUACAAUGUUCCUGAAGUUUAUUUUAAGGUGAUAUUUUUCUCAACGCCAACACUUUUCUUUUUUUCUUAGAGUCCAAUAUGUCACAAUCCUAUAUUUUACAAUGUCAAGUCCUUUGAUUUUCUAAUAAAUAUUGUUAGAGGUGGUAAACUAUUUAAACGGUGACACAAACAUAUGGUUGACUCUAUUAUUCCAAGUUUACUGCAAUUUAUUUCCCUACAGCCGGAUUCACAAAAAGACUCACACAUGUAAACACGCCACCUUUAGAGAUAUAACCAGUAAUGCCGCUAAGUUUGAGUCUCGGUUCUAGUCUUUUUGCAGAUCUAAGUUGAUCUUGGGUCUUCUUUAAAUACAAACAUACAGAUAAUAGACUGGUAUAUAUAUUUUCAUCUAGCGAGUUUCAGAGUUUAAACAAAGUAUCUGAGUUGAUCCUUUGAGAGCUAAAACUCUGUACUGAGGUUGAUUUCAGUGAAGAAAAAUGGUUUGUUUUUUCAGCUAAAAAUGAAGAAAACACUUCUACACAAAACAAAAUGCUCUUUAGUUUGACAGAAGGGUUACAUGAAGGUGUUUAUCUAAAAUGGCAAUAUACCCUCAGUGUAGUUUGCACUUUAAUCUUGUAUUUGUUUGGUUUUCUCUUUUGUGACUGUAAACACUAAAACUAUGGUUUAUAUUCCAUCUAUGAAUGAAAAGUAAUUUAUUUUGUUAACUGUGUGAAUUAAGAUUUUCUACAGCAUGUUGUUUGUGUUGAUGCCACAUACUUGGUGCUCUUCGUGUUAAUAAAAAUGCAAAAGUA